AUGUCGGCGUUGAGCGCCGCGCUUUGUAGACGCGGGAUAAUCCUCUGGCUGGCCGUUCUACUGGCGUCACGAUCCACGCAUUCUGCGCCGGUAUACGAUCAGGAUACCACACAGGUCGCGGAGUACGAUGGAGCUACCGCUGGAUGUUACUUCAACUUCCAGCGUUACCAAGAAGGAGACAGGAUCAUCACGAGCGAACCCUGUCUGAAUUGCACAUGCCACAAUCGAAUGCUGAUGUGUUACCUGAAGGUCUGCCCGUUCACCAAGGCGAUCGGUCAGGAUUGCACGGUGGAGAAGCGUCCGGAUCAGUGUUGCCCGGUGAUCACUUGUCCGGAAGUGCCGGUCCAACUGCUGACGUCGACGACGAGCUUGCCGGCAACCUCGGACUCCACCGAGCUCGGCUUCCACGAUAAUUACGGUUGCAAUGUCGACGACAGAUUUUAUCCGGACGGCGCUCAGCUACCGGUGGACCAUCACAAUCCUUGCGAGCUCUGCUACUGCAUCAGAAACAGAACCACCUGCGUCAUGCAAGAGUGUACUUUACGAGUGGCGGGAUGCAAACCGGUCUACCAACCGGGUGUAUGCUGCCCGAUCAAAUACAAUUGCGAAUACGACGAGGAACCCAGCACCACGGUUGGUCCGACACCGGGUCUCAUCAUGACCACGACGCUGCCUCCCGGUGUGUUGCCGCAAUGCUUCCACAAGGGUAAGGUCUACGAGGACGGCGAGCUGAUUUACUCGACUCAGCCGUGCCAGCAUUGCUAUUGCUUCCGAGGCGAGAUCGCCUGCGCGGUGCAAAAUUGCGGGACGCCGAUGCAGGCGCACGGAAAGAAUUGCACGGCUGUACCCCCGCCGGAAGGAGAAUGCUGCCCGACUACGUAUGAGUGUGAGGAAGACGGGCAAGGUGGAAUCAUCACGCUACCAGAAGGCGAAGAACAACUUCCGGAGCAAGUACCGCACGACCUGCAAAUCACCGAGUCGCCUAUGCUAAUCGAUCAGGAUCAGCAGGUGAAGACCGAACAGCCUCAGCAGGAAUCAUUCCCAGGUGCCGACAACGUUAUACCGUACGAUCACGGUCACGGCACGGAAGAAGAGGAGGGUGUUCAGGGAACUAUCGAGCAUGUCACGGAGGAACGGGUCCCGUCUACCGAAAAAUCCGUGCAAGAAGAAUCCUCAACGGUACCGGCGGUCGAGCAUGCUGAAGCGGAAACUACUCCCUCUGAAAGGGAGUCUACGCCUCCUCAGGAACGUAUCACUGAGCCUCCUGCCGUCGAGGAAGCAUCGGAAGAAGCGGUGACAGAAGCUGAACUGCCUGCGGGAACGGCAGCCGCGGAAACGGAAGCGCCUGCGAUCGCGCAGGAGGCUGAAGGUAGCGAAGCGCCCGCUGUUGAAGCUUCGUCCAUCUCGGAAGGCUUGCAACCGGGCGAGGAAACGUUAAUUACAGAACGCGCGCCUGAAGAACACGUGAGCACGGAAGAAAGCGCGCUCGAGAAGGAACACAGCACUCCCGCUAUCGUCGAAGAAGUACAAUCAACUGAACCUGCUAUCAGCGAGGAGACGCAGACCGAAGGUGCGACGAAACCGGGACUGGAGGAGACCACAAGUCCACACGAGAGACUCCCAGCGCAGGUUUCAGAAGAAGUGACCGAGGCAGAACAGGUGACGGAAGAAGGACAAGUUAGUUCGUCGGAAAUGCCGGAGAGACCAGAAAUCUCGACCGAAGUCGCGGAGGAGGCGACAUCCCCGAUUGCAGAAGUUGAACAGCCCAGUGUUACAACUAUUCCUGAAUCCGUCAAAGAGUCGACGGAGGAAGGCGAAGGCAGGAUACAUCCAGCGGAAACCACACCAGGCGAAACUCUGGCGACGGAGACCGAAUCGCCGGUAAAAGAAACGACCGCGACCGUAGCUCAUGAGGCGUCCAGUACUGAACAAGCCGUUACCGAAAAAGAGGAAAUAUUGCAUCCGACUGAAGCCAUUGUUACAGAAGAGGCUCAUUCGACCGAAGCGAGUCUGUCCGAGGAACAACCUGUCGAAGAAGAAGAAAAGCCAACAGCAGGUGAGGACGAAGGUGAGAAGGAGUACAAGCCAGAAGAGCCAACAUCCGAGCAUCCGGUAACCGAAGAACAACGUGUCACCGUUGGCGCCAAGAAAGAAGACUCUGGCUUGACUGAGAGACCAGCUGUAAGCGAGGAACCAGAAAUCUCGGAGGAGCAAGAAGAGGAGAAAUCAACUCCGGAAAUUCCAGCUGAAGGUCCAACCGGCAUCCCGAUUCCCGAAAGAAUGCCAGAACAGAAGGCGGAGGAUAAGUAUCACGUGACUGAGGGUUACGAGGACUUCACAGGUCCAGAAGUCAUCCCCGAUAAUCUCGUGACCGAAGCUCCGCAGAAAAUACCUACGUCACAUCUCCCGCCAGAGACUACUUUGGCACCGUCGGAAGGAACCGUGAAACCCGUUGCGGAAGAAGGCACUGAAGCACCAGCGGAAGGAGAAACCGCGAAACCGAUAGUGGAGGAAGGUGUUGAAGUACCGGCGGAAGAGACGGCGAAACCAGAAGAAGCUAAAGAAGCACACCUACCGACGGAGAAAGAGCCUACUGCUACUGAAGCCGCUACAGUUUCUGAAGAACCUAAAGCGGAAAGCACUCCUGAAGCAGCUGAAGGUAGCACAGAGCCUUCUACAACUACAGUUACUCAUGAAGGACACAUUCCAGAAAAGCCUGGAGAGACUGAGAAACCUAGUGUGCCAGCGGAAAUCGAAACUGAAACGCCGCAAACGGAAGUUCAUUCAACGGAAAAAGCUCCUAGCGAAGAAUUACCCAUGAAAGGACUCACCAUUGAAGAAUCUGGCGAAAGUUCCGCUGAGGAAAUCGGCGGCGAUUUAGGUGAGAAGGAAUCGCAACCAAAGAAAGAGGAGGAAUCAAGCGAGGGAGAAAGAGAAGCACAGCCUCCAUUAACGUCAACGGAAGCGGAAGCUGCACCUGAAACGCCUGCACCGAUUCCAGCCGAUCAUGAACACUCGACAAUGCCUUCGGAUCUUAAAGAAGAACAAACAACGGAAGGUGUGCGAAUUACUACGGUAGUCCCGUCUAUCGAGCAAUCGACGCCACAACCCGAAGAAGAGAAAGGAACCGAAGUUACCUCUGUCGAAGAAGAGAAAGGAACUGAAGCUGCUCCUGUCGAAGAAGAAAAAUCGGUUACCAGCGAGAAAUCCGGUGCGGAAGAAUCUACCGCGACACCGGGCGUAACUGCCGAAGUAGAGAAGGAACCACAAACUGCAAAACCUGUUUCGGAAGAAGGAGAAAUUACGGAAACGACCAAGGUAACUGAAGAGAGGCCUACAACGCAAGCACCCGCUGUCGAAGAAGAAAAGACUGAGCAACCUGAGCAACCUGAACAGUAUUCUACGGAGGGAGGUUCAGAAGAAGGUGCCGUUACAGAAGGCCAUGAUGUACGGGAAACUGAGGCCCCUACCAUCGGGAAGAAACCUGAAGAAACGGAAGGCACGGAAGGUGUACCUACCGAAGGUGCCGAGCAACAAACCGAAGCCGCGAUAACUGAGGAAGAACCAUCCGAAGGAACUGCGGGAGUGCAACCGACGGAGGCAACUGGUAUCGAACAGACAGAAUUGCCCGUUACCGCAGUGCAUCCUUCCAAGAAACCAGAAGAAGAAGGUGAGGAGGAAGUCUCUGUUCCUGUAUCAACGGAGGAGGUGCAGACGGAAGUUCCUAUAGUUGAGACUGAGUACACUGAGACACUGGCAAUGGAGAAGGAGACGGAGCAGACUGAACCUUCCGUCAGCAAAGAACAUUUGCCAAUUCAACCUUCGAUUACAGAUCGUAAGGAGGAUCAAGAAUCUGUCGAACCAAAACCAAGCGAAGGAGAGCAAGAAGGCGAAGAGCAAAUGACUCAAGAGCCGCUCCUUGGAGAAAAAGAAGUAACGGAGAUGCACGAGGAGCCGCAGAAACCGACAGGUCUUCCUGAAACAGAAGGAACUCACGUUCCACCCGAAGAAGAAGUUGUCACCGAACCUGCUUUACCAACCAGAAAACCGGUCGAAGGAGCCGAUACAACGGUAUCCGUUGGCGCAGAGGAAGCUGUUACGUUACCGGCCUCGAGCGAGCAACCUGAAAUAGCCAGCGAGCAACCAAAAGAAAUUACAACACAACCAUCCGAAGAAGAGAAACUGACUCAAGAACCAGUCAUUGAAGAACAGCCUGAAUUGCACAUGAGAAAAGAGACCGAAACACUCAGCCCGGUUAUUCCUGAGGAACCCACCAGCGUGACUCCUGAAAGUCCGCCUGUGGAGGAGGAAGGUGUAGGUGUCAGUGAAUCAACCGAAGGCGCAACGAGCGAAGGUACCAUCAAACCAGAAUUAAUUUCUGAGACACCCGAAAUCGUCGAAGAACAUACAGAGCAAGGAAGUGAAGCUCCUGGACAAGAAAUCGUGACCGAAACUAUACCUUCGGAAGAAGAGAAACACGAGCAAGUUACACAGCCACCAAUGACGCAAGAGAAACCAACUGAAGAAGUAGGUGAAGGUAUAUCUGUCGAGAUAUCUACGGAGGAAGCCGCAAUUACGGAAACACCUAAAAUACCCGAAGAACACUCAGAGAAACCCGAAGAACAGCCAGAAAAACCCGAAGAACAACCAGAGGAACUCGAAGAACGGCCGGAGAUACCCGAAGAACGUCCAGAGAAACCCGAAGAAAAACCAGAGAAACCCGAAGAACAGCCAGAGAAACCCGAAGAACAACCAGAAAAACCCGAAGAACAACCAGAGAAACCCGAAGAACGGCCCGAGGAACCCGAAAAACGGCCCGAGAAACCCGAAGAACAGACCGAGAAACCCGAAGAACAACCUGAGAAGCCCGAAGAACACCCAGAGAAACCCGAAGAACAUCCAGAGAAACCCGAAGAACAGCCAGAGAAACCCGAAGAACAGCCAGAGAAACCCGAAGAACAGCCAGAGAAACCCGAAGAACAGCCAGAGAAACCCGAAGAACGGCCCGAGAAACCCGAAGAACGGCCCGAGAAAUCCGAAGAACGGCCCGAGAAACCCGAAGAACGGCCCGAGAAACCCGAAGAACAGCCCGAGAAACCCGAAGAACAGCCCGAGAAACCCGAAGAGGAAGGUAUAGAAACAACGGCGGCGACGCCAGCUCGGGAGUAUGAGGAAUACUCGACGGUCGCUCCGGAAGAAGAAAUACCUGUAGUGAAAAUCACUACUGAAGCGCCUACGAAAGAAGAACCUCAAUAUUCGACGGAGCACCCAACGAGCGUUCCCGAAGAGACUCCCAUAGAAGAAGAGACCACAUCGGAGAUUGCUCCUCGUCCGUCGGGUAUUCCAGGAGAAGGUAACUGUCUUGUCGAGGGACAAUCUUACAACAACAAUUCGGCCGUUCCACCGGCGAACGACUGUCAAAUCAGUUGUCGCUGCGUCAGCAGCAUCGUGGAAUGCGAGCUCGUGGAAUGUCCUCCACCACCGACGCAUCUCAUAAACUGCACGCCGGUUCGCAUGGGCGGAGGAUCAUGUUGUCCGAUCUACGCAUGCGGUUCGCCUGUUCCGACUGAUGAAUUAAAAUCCGAUAGUCAUAUGGUGGAACCUCACGCUCCUGAGAUGGAAAAAGAAGAAGGCCAGAAGACUCUCCCGCCGGCAGAAGUGACGACGGAGCAAACUGUUGCGGAGGUUACCGAAGCGGUAAAAGUAGCUAGUACGGUAGCUGGUGAAAUCAGUACGCCGGAAUCUCAGCCUGCAGAAGUCACUUUAUCUUCUGUUUCUCAACCGGAAGAAGAGGCGACUGAAAAGCAGCAAAUGACUGUCAAGUCUGUCGAGCCAGCUUAUGAAGAACCGACUACAGUCGGACAAACUGUUGAAGAACAGCCUGAAGAGCAAACCGUUAGUCCUGUACCCGAGAAACCAGAGGAAUCUACUCAGUUUAUCGAGGAGGAAGAACAUACUGAAGCGGAAGGUGUCUCGGAGGAAACUACCGAAAGCAAGGUUACCGGAGAGGAAGAAGAAAUAACAAAACCAGCAAUUUCGACCGAACAACCGCAAGAAGAGACUGUUGAAGAGCAAACUCCUGUUAGCGGCGAAGAAGAGCAAGUGAUCACUUCUACACAUGCACCUGUUGAACAGGAACCUCAUGGUGCUAAGGAAGAAAUUUCAACUUCUCACAAGGAGGAAGAAAUUACCAUUCCUACCGUGACAGAAGAAGAGAAAGAAACUUCUGGUCCUGCUGAAAUAGAAGUUUCGACAUCUGCUGAAGGAGAACAAGAAGUCACGACUGUUCCUGCUGGUAAAGAAGAAGAAAUUACUAUACCGACCAAAGAAAAAGAAAGGCCCACCGAAGAAGAAGGUAUCGAAGGACAAGCUACGCUCAAGCCGAUCGAAGAAACCGAAAAAGAGCAACCAGAAGAAGAGAAAGUUCACCCAACUUCUGAGGAACCAAUUUCUGGUAUCACCGAAGAGCACGAGACAUCUACAAAACCGGAAGAAGCAGCUAUUGUAACGGAAGAACAGCCAACGAAACUGGGAGUUCCUGAGGAAGAAAAGACAAUCGAGCCAACUGAAUAUGAGAGUACUUCUAUGCCUGAAAUUUCGCCGACAACGGAACGUAAGCCCGAGGAAGAGCCUAAGUCCGAGGAAGAGGAAAAGAAGGAAGAAACUGUCACGUCAACUGAAGGUGAACAAGUUGCUCAUACUGAGGAACCUGAAAGUCAAACGAAAUUGCCCAUCGGUGAGACAGAAACACAAAAACCGACCGCACCUGCUGCCGAAUCGACGACUUUGGUACACGAUCAUACAGCAACCGAAGGUACGCCGAUAGAGGAACACGUGACUGUACAAGUUUCUGUGGAAACUCCCACGGAGGAAAGUAAAGAGGAAACGGAAUCAGAAGUUUUAACUGAAGCUCCUGUGACCGAAGAGGAGCACAUUACCGUUCCUACGUCACCUGUUGAGGCAGAAACUCCUGGUGGUGUAACGACUGAACAGGAAGGAACAGAAAAGCCUAGCGAGGAAACCGCCAAGCCAACUGAGGAAACUGCCAAACCAACUGAGGAAUCUAUUCCUGGAGUUUCUCCUGAGGAGACAUCGCUGAAGUCAGUUGAACCGACGGAAAGCACGACUGGAGUAGAAACUACGGAGCAUGUUGAAGAGUCUACGGAACAUGAAGGAGAGCCAUUCGUCACGAAAUUGCCAGAAGAAAAACCAUUGGAACCAGUAUCUCCAGAGGUCAGUACGGAACAACCAAUGAAAACUACCAAAGUUGAGGAAGCCACCGAAGCGGAAGCAGAACACGAAAAACCCACUGAGCCUAGUAUCGUUCAUGAGCCGGAAAGUACACAGGUCCCGACCAAAGAGUAUCCAGAAGUCACACCUGAAACCGAAUCUCAUACGACUGAAUCACCCGCUGAAGAGCAUACAGUAACUGAAGAGGUGCAAACGAUAGCUGUACCUGUACAAGAGGAAGCUGGUGAACAACCUGUCACACCGAUCGUAAAGGAAACUUCUGAGCCAAGUCUGAGCGAAACGGAAACUGAACAACCUGUUUCUCCCGAAGUUCCCCAACCCGAAACUCCGACUGAAGAAGAGGAACAUAUCACUGUUUCGAUCGAAGAGCACACUCCGACACCGGAGGAACGUCCUGCGGAAGAACAGACUGUUGCCUCUCCCACUCCCAGUGAAGGUGAGACGUCGGAAGCUGGCGUUACGGUAGAAGAAGCCACGCCGGAAAGUGUGACGAGUCAAAUAGAGCAAGUGAUCGAGAAGACUGCUGAAAGUGCCAAGCCAGAAACAGAGUUGCCCAGUUUACCGGAGGAACAAACUGCGGCUCCUGAAGUUGAGAAAGAAGUUGGUGAGGAAGAGCAAAAGCCUGAAAUUGGAACAACGGAAGAAACGAGUAAGGAAGAAGAAACGAUCACGGAAGAAGCGGGUAAGGAAAAAACAACGGAAGAACCUGUAACUCACGCUGGUACGACGGAGCAGCCUUCUGUGGAGCAAGAAAUAACAAUACCGUCUGAAGUACCGGGCGUAAAAGUUCAAAUACCAGAGGAAUCCGAGGUAACAAUUCUUCCGCAGAAACCCGAGGAGGAAGCUCAAGUUACGAGUGAGCCGGAACAUCCAGUGAGUGAAGAAGCGACAAUUGCGGCAAGUUUGGCACCUGAGGAACACUCGACCGUACCGGCAGAAACAGAAGAGAAAGAAGGUACUCACGAGCCUGAGCGCGAGACAACGUUGUCUAUUCUAGAAGAGGAGGUAUCGAAACCAGCUACCGAAGCUAGCGAAGUGGAAAAACUUCCAUCGGAAAGUCCCGAAGGAGAAUCCGUUGCAACUGAGAGUGCAACGCAGGAACCAGAGAUACCUGUCACGAGAACUUCCGUUGAAGUAAGCUAUCCCGAACAGCCCGAAGAGAUUUCACCCGAAACGGAAGAGCCAAUUAAACCAGUACAAGAAACGGAAAGGCCCGAGGAGCAACAAAUUGAAAUUACCACGAAAGCAACCGAAGCCGCUGUGACUGAAGAAAAAUUACCGGGAGAAGAGGUAUCGCACAUUCCAGAAGCUGAAGAGAAACCAACGGGAGCUCCUUCGACAGAGAGUGAAGAAGAACACGAAGCACAUUCAACUGAGCCUUCUCAUCCAAUUGAAACGACUUCGGAACAUGAGGAAGAAGAACCGUCGGUAACGAAACUGCAGCCUACUGAAGGUCCUCUUCCUUCCGAAGAGGAAACCGUGACACCGGAAGAACCGCGGCCUACCUUGCCUGAGGAAGGUGAAAAGGCUCAACCUGAGGAACACACAUCGGAAACGCCGUUAGAACCAGAAGAACAUACGCCGGAAACGCCAGUAGAACUAGAGGAACAUACACCGAAAACGCCAGUAGAACCAGAGGAACACACGCCGGAAACGCCGGUAGAACCAGAAGAACAUACGCCGGAAACGCCAGUAGAACUAGAGGAACAUACACCGAAAACGCCAGUAGAACCAGAGGAACACACGCCGGAAACGCCGGUAGAACCAGAAGAACAUACGCCGGAAACGCCAGUAGAACUAGAGGAACAUACACCGAAAACGCCAGUAGAACCAGAGGAACACACGCCGGAAACGCCGGUAGAACCAGAAGAACAUACGCCGGAAACGCCAGUAGAACUAGAGGAACAUACACCGAAAACGCCAGUAGAACCAGAGGAACACACGCCGGAAACGCCGGUAGAACCAGAAGAACAUACGCCGGAAACGCCAGUAGAACUAGAGGAACAUACACCGAAAACGCCAGUAGAACCAGAGGAACACACGCCGGAAACGCCGGUAGAACCAGAAGAACAUACGCCGGAAACGCCAGUAGAACUAGAGGAACAUACACCGAAAACGCCAGUAGAACCAGAGGAACACACGCCGGAAACGCCGGUAGAACCAGAAGAACAUACGCCGGAAACGCCAGUAGAACUAGAGGAACAUACACCGAAAACGCCAGUAGAACCAGAGGAACACACGCCGGAAACGCCGGUAGAACUAGAGGAACACACGCCGGAAACGCCGGCAGAACCAGAGGAACACACGCCGGAAACGCCGGUAGAACCAGAGGAACACACGCCGGAAACGCCGGCAGAAUCAGAGGAACACACGCCGGAAACGCCGGUAGAACCAGAGGAACACACGCCGGAAACGCCGGUAAAAUCAGAGGAACACACGCCGGAAACGCCGGAAGAACCAGAGGAACACACGCCGGAAACGCCGGUAGAACCAGAGGAACACACGCCGGAAACGCCGGUAGAACCAGAGGAACAUCCGGAAACUGAGCAAACCUCGGAAGCUAUCGUACCAACGGAAGAAUAUCCAAUCAAGGUUUCCGAUGUUCCAUCCGAACUACCCGAAGAAAAGAUUACCGUUGGUCCGAUACCCGAAGAACCGGAACCUGAAGCUCCGACGAGCCCCGAGGAAGCUCCGCACUCGACGGAAACGCCGAUCGAGGAGCACACCACGAAAACGCAGCCGAUACCCACGGAAUUACCAACGGUGGAGGUCACGGAAGAACUUCCCGAGGAAGGUGAAGAGGUUGGUCAGCCGCAGAUUGGUCACUUCCCGGCCACCUUGAAACCGGAGACCGACGAAUCCGCAGAGGGUGAACUGACGCUCGGACCUGACGAGGGACAUCUGCGACCGGUUAAUCACACCGCUGAAGUGACCGAGCGCCCGUAUCAACCUAGCUUCCACGAGCGACCGUCUAGCACCUUGGCGCCUCAUCUUCCAGAAUAUCCCGACCAAUCUGUGUCUGGCGAGGACGGUUCUCACUUCCCUAUGCCAGGUGGCGGCAGUUACCUGAACCCUGACGAGGACUACGAAGAGGACGACCAGACGGUCUUCGGACCGGGCACCUGUCGAUACGGCGGCAAGGUCUACGUCUCGGCGCAACAGAUACCCAGGGACGACCCGUGCGACUUCUGCUUCUGCUUCAGAAGCGACAUCAUUUGCCUCCAGCAGAGCUGCCCACCGCCGAUCCCGGGCUGCCACGAGGAACCGAUCAGUGGUUUCUGUUGCCCGAGAUACGAGUGUCCCGUGUCGAUGGCCACGGCUUUGAAUUUGACCACCACUACCACCACGACUACCACCACGCUACCGCCGCUUUUCCACCAUCAGGCUUACAAAGGCGCCGCGAGACGAAGCGGCUGCCAGAUUCGUGGGCAAGCUUAUCGGGUAGGAGAUGUCAUUAAGUCAGCGUCUGGACCUUGCCGCAAUUGCACUUGCGAAGGUGACGGCAAUAUGAAGUGCGAGCCGAUAAUGUGCAGUCCGGAACCGACGCUGAGGCAAAUAAUGGCUACGGUGAAGACAAGCGCGAUUACAGCCAAGAGGAGGAGAUGAGCCGCCGAGCUGGGUCGCGGGAUUCGUCUCUACCAAGAAACAUAUACGAGAAGGAAGUCGACAGCAGGAUUCAGUGUUGUAUAAAAGUGAAUUAAAAUUAUUCUAAACUACCUAGACGUCGCGGAACACAGACAAUAGUGUGCUUCGGCGAUCACGAACUGAGUGGCCAAAACGUAAACGUUUAUAUUAAUAAUAUUAUAUUAUGUUAUAUAAAAAGAGAGAAAGAGAGCGAAAGAAAGAGAGAGAGAGAGAGAGAGAGAGAUAAACGACGGAGAAAAUGGCAAUGAAAAUCCAGUUGGAAAAUCAUAGGGGAUUAACUGCGUAUCGAGGCGCAUUAUCGGUGCUAAUACGCUAUAACACGGAAAGAGGAAGCGAAGUAGCGCGGACGUAGAAGAUGUAAUUUCGUUGGUGAUAAUUCCGCGCUCUAUCUCGCAGAGUAUUUCAUACUCCCUGGAGAGGAAAAGAAACGAAAGGAAGAGAAAGAGGAAGAGAAAGAGAGAAGGAAAAAAAAAUUACUGAACGUACGAGACUUAUGACUGUGCCUUCGUCAGUGUCGAGUAUCAGCGGCACUACUUUCGUUUCGGCAACGAGCGCCGUCCGCAGCCACGGUCAUCGUCGUCGGUAUCAAACCCGAGUCGGUCGCGAUCGCGACUGACUCGCAGGUGAUGGGGGUAAAAAAUAAAAAAGGGAGGAAAUGCGACGAACGCGUUUCGUGCGACGCACGAAAAAAAAAACGAAAAAAAAAAGAAGAAAUAACGAGAAAAGCAAUUCAAUGCGCCGGCCGAUCGGUCGUGCAGUGAUACUGUAACAGCGAGGAGAAUCGUUCCGGGGGAUACCACGAGGCCCACACGGGAAUCGGCUAUAGCUAGCGGAGUUUUUGAAACACUUUUCUACGCGAACUACACGUCAACUGCACGGUAUCCCCUAUUACGAUGCGACGUCAGUGAUCGGGAAAUCAGGGGGAAAACAGGCAGAUCGCGACGUCGUGAUCCGGUCGGCUCUUACGGUAUCACUGCGACAAUCUUGAGCGACGACGAUAUAUAAUGUCAUUUAUUUGCUACGCGAUCGAGCGUGUUCUGGAUCCGUUUAUUCGGCUGCUACGUGUGUCCCGAGGAUCGGGUCACGUUACUCACGUUUGCUGACGUUCACGCGCACUCGGACACGAUCGAGAGAUUAAUGGAUCGGCAUCGGCCGUUCGUGCUUCCGUAAUCUUAAGCCGCGAGGAUCCGGAGAUCCUAGUCGUUUUCCUCUCGGGGAAAAAACUUUCGAUCGAGCUGUCUUCUUCUUCCCCUUCUUCUCUUCACCCCUUGUCUUCCUCCCUCUUAAUCAUCUUUAUUUUUUAAUCGAUCCGCCACUAUACGUACACAGUGCCAACGAUCGUGUCCCAGUGCGCGCGCGGGUGUGUGUAUGUGCGUGUGUGUGCAUGAUACAUAUAUAUGUUAAAGAUGAGAGGAAGCCAGAGACGAAAGAUACACGCAUCUCAAAGCUCAAACAGCGGCUCGCGCGGAGGACCGAUCGAGAAUUUGCUUCUCCG